UUUGGAUGUAGUCCGCCAUAAAAGCCAAAGAAGAAGAAGAAGAACACACGUUUCCGAACACGGCCUCUGGCUACCUGUGGAUGUGGCACUCUAACGUCGUGUCUUUGCUCAGCAGUUGUCAAUUUUGCUGCAGCGGGAACCUUCGACUUUUAUAAGUACUGACUGUUGGUGAGACGUCUUUUGAUGAAUUCUCUCUUUUGUUUCUCUUAUUUUUUUUGCCUGCCUUAACGUUAGUCUGUUGCUAGCUAGCCAGAUGCUAGCCUGAUGUAGCUAACGUGCUCUAUCUACAGCAGCUAUAAGCUAGAUGCGGCCACAUUGUAGUAGUCGCAUAUUUUCCCGCUUUCUCGCCAUUAAAUAAAGUUAAUAAGGAAAUCGAAGCCUUUGCAGCCUGAAUGGAGACUGUUUUAAGUACGAACCGGUCGAGGGGGAACACAAGUGUAUUUCCGGCUGGCCACAUCAAGCCCAGACGAUAGUGUGUAGGUCCAUGCCCAGGCUACUUUGAUAGCUAGUAGCCUACAGCUUGAUUUAGCGAACGUGUUCUAGACAUUUCAGCAGCCACAUCAACAGACUUGCAUGACAACUUCGUUAGCUAGGUAGAUAGCCAACGUUACACAUUUUAUCUAUGACAGUACUGUGGCUAGUUACGUUAGGCCGAUUGGAUGUACUGCCAAAUUCUCGAAAACUACGUUGGAGGCGGCUAUGGUAGAGAAAUGAACAUUCAAUUAUCUGGCGACAGCUCUGGUGGACAUUACAGCAGUCAUGCCAAUUGCACGCUCCCUCAACUUGAGACAUCUGUGGCAUUAUGUUGUAUUACAAAACGGCACAUUUUAGAGUGGCCUUUUAUUGUCCCAGCACAGGGGGCACCUGUGUAAUGCUCAUGCUGUUUAAUAAGCUACUUGAUAUGCCACACUUGUCAGGUGGAUGGAUUAUGUUGGCAAAGGAGAAAUGCUCACUAACAGUGAUGUAAACAAAUUUAUGCACAAAAUCUGGGAGAAAUAAGCUUUAUGUGCGUACGGAACAUUUCUGGGGUCUUUUAUUUCAGCACAUGAAACAUGGGACCAACACUUUACAUGUUGCGUUUUAUAUUUUUGCUAACUUUAGUGCUUGAGACUGUUUAACGGUUGGUGCAAGCCAGUGCACCAAGCUAUUUUCUACCAAUUAGCUACAACAACGAGACAAUUUGGUUUAGGUUACUCAUAAGCAGGUGAACGCCUGUAUAUCAACCUAAAGGAUGCCCACUUUAUUGUGAUGUAUAAGUAGCUGUGUACUGUCCUCAGGUCACGUUGCCAUGAUGUUGCAGAGGCUGGCCUUGUGUUCCAGUCUACGGUCCAGGAGCCUGCAAGCAAAUGUUUGCCCAUGCUUUGCCAGGGCAGUGUCCCAAACCAAGUGUAAGUAGCCAACCCCAUUCCACCAUUCCAAAACACACUGCACUGGUGCACCCCACUACAGAUGACACUUGGUUCAUAACACACCUCUUUGGCAGUCUCAGAUGUUUGUCUAUAUAAUAACCUAACAUGCUGUUGCCAGACAACCCAAGGUUUACGCUGUGUGAUCUGCUUUUCAGUACGUUUUGGAUAAACAGUUAUUUUGGGUCAUGUUCAGUAGGCAUGAAACGGAAGAAAACAAGUAAUAUAUGAACUAAGAAACUUUUGUUUUUGUUUUUCGUUGCAAAAUGUUUUGUUACGGUUUGCCCUAAUGAACAUGACUCUGGUGUUAAAUGAAUGUCCUGUUAUCUGUUGCAGUCCUUGUCACCCAUUCUCCUGGGAAGUCAGCAGCGCACCGCAGUGAGCUCAGACAGGCCAAGCGCAUUGUGGUGAAACUGGGCAGUGCUGUGGUGACGCGGGGAGAUGAGUGUGGCCUGGCCCUCGGGCGUCUCGCCUCCAUUGUGGAGCAGGUGAGGUCACGACCCGGUCAUUGAUGAUAUAGGUUACAAUGACCAAGAACUACUAACGAGAACCAGAAAUAAUGUAGAAAUAGAAGACUCCAGAAUAUUGAAAUUGAAGACAUGAUUAUGUGGGUUUUGAUUGACAUUGAAAGGUAUCUUCUGGAUUUCAAGGGGAGAAACUGCUGAGGUAAUGGUCAGUUACAUUUUUGGUGGGUCUUUAGAGAAGACUUGUUGAAGAUAGAAUUAAGUUGAUGAAUAUGUGGUGUGUAAGAAGAAGUCAUUGUUAUGUGUGUGUCCCUUAGGUGGCCGUGCUGCAGAACCAAGGCAGGGAGAUGAUGAUUGUCACCAGUGGAGCCGUUGCUUUCGGAAGGCAGAGACUGAGACACGAGAUCCUGCUAUCUCAGAGCGUCAGACAAGCCUUGCACUCUGGACAGAACCAACUCAAAGAAAUGGUAUAUAAAGUCACCUCACACAACAGAUUGGAUGGCAAUGGACAAUAGAUAAAUAACUUGACUUUUACUCAUGAUUUGUCUCUAUUUCUCUGGGUUUCAGUCCCUUCCAGUUCUGGAGGCCCGGGCGUGUGCAGCUGCUGGACAGAGUGGCUUGAUGGCUCUAUAUGAAGCAAUGUUCACUCAGUACAGCACCUGCACUGCACAGGUACAACCACACUUACAAAAGUAUUACUCUAUCAUUCUUUGCAGAUGGAAUUGCAUAUUGUCUGAUGUCACUACAUUCAUGUAGUGUUUUUCUAUGCAUUUUCUUAGCCAACGUUGUAUUGACAAUCAUCCCUGUAUUGUCGAAGAACACCUAUUUUGAGUAGAAACUAGAAUAAUAUGUUUUUAGAGUGACUAUAUGCCUACGUUAAACCCUCAAACUGAGAUCUUUCUUAUGCCUCUUCAAUAGAUCCUGGUGACGAACCUCGACUUCCACGAUGAGCAGAAGCGUCGCAACCUGAACAGCACCCUCCACGAGCUGCUGCGCAUGAACAUAGUGCCCAUCAUCAACACCAAUGACGCAGUUGUACCGCCCCCUGUUCCAAACAGUGACCUUCAGGGGGUAAAUGUGGGUACUUUCUGAAGGGCAUGCUGGGAAUGCGUAGUGUGGUCCAGAGUUGUGAUGGUAGAGUACACUACCGGUCAAAAGUUUUAGAACACCUACUCAUUCAAGGGUUAUUCUUUACUUUUACUAUUUUCUACAUUGUAGAAUAAUAGUGAAAACAUCAAAACUAUGAAAUAACACAUAUGGAAUCGUGUAGUAACCAAAAAAGUGUUAAACAAAUCAAAAUAUAUUUGAGAUUCUUCAAAUAGCCACCCUUUGCCUUGAUGACAGCUUUGCACACGCUUGGCAUUCUCUCAACCAGCUUCAUGAGGUAGUCACCUGGAAUGCAUUUCAAUGAACAGGUGUGCCUUCUUAAAAGUUAAUUUGUGGAAUUUAAUGCGUUUGAGCCAAUCAGUUGUGUUGUGACAAGGAAUGGGGGGUAUACAGAAGAUAUCCCUAUCUGGUAAAAGACCAAGUCCAUAUUAUGGCAAGAACAGCUCAAAUAAGCAAAGAGAAACGACAGUCCAUCAUUACUUUAAGACAUGAAGGUCAGUCAAUAUGGAACAUUUCAAGAACUUGCAGUCGCAAAAACCAUCAAGCGCUAUGAUGAAACUGGCCCUCAUGAGGACCGCCACAGGAAUGGAAGACCCAGAGUUACCUCUACUGCAGCGGAUAAGUUCAUUAGUUACCAGCCUCAGAAAUUGCAGCCCAAAUAAAUGCUUCACAAAGUUCAAGUAACAGACACAUCUCAACAUCAACUGUUCAGAGGAGACUGUGUGAAUCAGGCCUUCAUGGUCGAAUUAGUGCAAAGAAACCACACCAAUAAGAAGAAGAGACUUGCUUGGGCCAAGAAACACGAGCAAUGGACAUUAGACCGGUGGAAAUUUGUCCUUUGGUCUGGAGGCCAAAGUUGAGAUUUUUGGUUCCAACCGCCAUGUCUUUGUGAGACGUGGUGUGGGUGAACGGAUGAUCUCCGAAUGUUUAUUUCCCACCAUAAAGCAUGGAGGAGGAGGUGUUAUGGUGUGGGGGUGCUUUGCUGGUGACACUGUCUGUGAUUUAUUUAGAAUUCAAGGCACACUUAACCAACAUGGCUAACACAGCAUUCUGUAGCGAUACGGACAGGACAAUGACCCAACACACCUCCAAGCUGUGUAAGGGCUAUUUGACCAAGAAGGAGAGCAAUGGAAUGCUGCAUCAGAUGACCUGGCCUCCACAAUCACCCGACCUCAACCCAAUUGAGAUGUUUUGAGAUGAGUUGGACCGCAGAGUGAAGGAAAAGCAGCCAACAAGUGCUCAGCAUAUGUGGGAACUCCUUCAAGACUGUUGGAAAAGCAUUCCAGGUGAAGCUGGUUGAGAGAAUGCCAAAAGAGUGUGCAAAGCUCUCAUCAAGGCAAAGGGUGGCUAUUUGAAGAAUCUCAAAUAUAAAAUCUAUUUUGAUUUGUUUAACACUUUUUUUUUUUUUGGUUACUACAUGAUUCCAUAUGUGUUAUUUCCUAGUUUUGAUGUCUUCACUAUUAUUCUACAAUGUAGAAAAUAGUAAAAAAAAUAAAGAAAACCCCUUGAAUGAGUAGGUGUUCUAAAACUUUUGACCGGUAGUGUACCUAAGGCGCAUUUUUACUUUUACUUUCUCCACCCACACAAAUGUUUCUAUUUGGUUUAGCAUUAGUAAAAAAAAAAAAAAAUCAUUUAGCUUUGAUUUCUACUUUUAUUAGUGCCUCUUCAUGCAUCUGAGGGGCGAAUCCGAACUUCCAUUUAGGUUUGCAUUGACGUCAAUGGAAGACUAAGUGAAAACUCUGUUUAAUGUGGAAGUUAGGAUUCAACUUAUGUUUAAGUCAGAGCCAAUGCUAAUGUAGAGGGGCCUAUUGUAGCACGUUUUUAUUCAGCAAGCUGCUCUUACUUUAAAAUGACAUCCUAGGGUACAGUGCAUGGCUAUGAUACAUGAGCUGUUUGCAUGUAUUAAAUUGCGUCAUGCUGUUUUUAUAUAAUGUUUUUUUCUUGCAUUUCAGGUAAUACACAUCAAGGAUAACGACAGCUUGGCUGCAAGACUGGCUGUUGAAAUGAAAGCAGACCUUCUUAUUGCUCUAUCUGAUGUUGAAGGUAUGCAAUGCAUUUCGAAAUGAGCUACGUUGUUGUUCAUUUACUCUCAGCUAAAAUAAAAAGUAUUUGCAUUGACCAUGUUGUAUCCCACAGGAUUGUAUGACAGCCCCCCAGGAACAGAUGACGCUAAACUCAUCGAUAUCUUCUACCCCGGAGACCAGCAGUCUAUCAGAUAUGGCUCAAAGUCCAAAGUGGGCAUUGGGGGCAUGGAGGCAAAGGUUAGUGGCAAGCAACCCCUAGUUUGAGGAGGAAGGCGGCAUCUACACUUCUCCAAGUGUUAAAAUAGUAUGGUUGGCUGUUUUGAAAGAAGGUUUAAUCAAUCAAUUUAAUUUAUAAAACCGUUUACAUCAGCAGUUGUCACAAGUGCUUUUACAGUAACUCGGACCAAGGCCCCAAAGGCAGAAGCAUAGAGGCAAGAAAAUCAAAUCAAAUUGUAUUUGCCACAUGCGCCGAAUACAACAGGUGUAGACAUUACAGUGAAAUGCUUACUUACCAGCCCUUAACCAACAAUGCAGUUUUUUAAAAUAAAUACUCCCUAAAUAGAAGAAACCUAGAGCGCAAAUAGGCUCAGAGGGGACACACCCUCCACUGGCUGUACUGGGGUAUGUUUCAUUUAAAAUGUUUAAUAGAAUCAUGUUGUCUCACCCAGGUGAAGUCUGCUCUGUGGGCGCUUCAGGGUGGCACAUCGGUCGUCAUUGCCAAUGGCACCGACCCCAAAGUCACGGGCCACGUCAUCACAGACAUAGUGGAGGGAAAGAAAGUGGGCACCUUCUUCUCUGAGGUCAAGCCUGCUGGUGAGUCACUGAUACCUUGUAGAGAGAGAAACUCCAACCUGCAGUAGUAACACACAUUAAUAAGCUAUUUAUAAACUACAUUAUUUGUAAAAAUGCAGUUCAUUACAAUUCAUGAGCAUUUGUAACAUUUAUAAUAAUGUAUAAAGAAUUUGGAAGCAUUUCAAAAAAUGUAUAAGCAUUUAUACCCAAUUUGGAUAAGAGCGUCUGCUAAAUGACUUAAAUGUUAAAUAAUGGCUCAUGUAUGAAAGUGAUUAUAAAGAGUCACUGAAACAGUUAAGAUGGUGAGAUGCCCCACUCUGGUUCAUGUUGUUGUGGGGUGUGACACACACAGGUCCCACUGUGGAGCAGCAGACAGAAAUGGCCAGGCAGGCAGGCAGGACUCUGGCCACUCUUCACCCAGAUGAGGUGAGAGUUCCCUCUUUUACCCUUUUCACACUACAGAGCUGUGCCGAGCUGUACUGACUGGCCUGGUUACACGGUGCUGGAAAGGACCAUGUGAAAAUAACAUAUCAGAGCUAGCACAUUCCAGUUUGGGUCUGCAUGAUAGUGUGAAAAGGGUAAUAGAGUGCUCAUCUGAGCUGAUGUGUAAUCUAUCUCUGCUGUACUUAAGUCAUUUUUUUUUUUUACACGUCUAUUCAUUUAACACAACCAGAGAGGAGAGAUAAUUUGCCGUCUGGCUGACCUGCUGACAGAGAAGAAGGAUGAGAUCCUCAGUGCCAACAAGAGAGACAUGGAGACGGCAGCCUCAUCAGGUACUCAAUGCAGCUUCAUCAGGUCACAAUGGGCCCACAAAUUAAGAUCAUACCAGAUACUGUUAAUAUUGCUGACACAAGCUGUCUGUAUCAGCAAUUGAUGAAAUAACAUAAGCCAUAAGAAUGUUAGUCUUAUAUUUUAGUGUGAUUCCCUCUAGGCCGUCUCUCCCAACCCCUGUUGGCGAGGUUGAGUCUGUCCACAUCGAAGCUGAACAGCCUAGCCAUCGGCCUGCGUCAGAUCGCUGUAUCGUCCAGGGACAGCGUGGGCCAGGUGCUCCGCAGGACCAGAGUCGCCAACAACCUGGAGCUGGAACAGAUCACUGUGCCCAUCGGGGUGCUGCUGGUCAUCUUCGAGUCCCGGCCCGACUGCCUUCCUCAGGUCAGACACCUGAUGGUGGCCAUGCUGCUAAACCACAAGGCUCAAUCCUGGGCCCAAUCCCAAAUGGACCCCUAGACCCUUCACCCUAGGCACUUGUGGAGACCUGAGAGGAUUUGAUUGGUGUAAGCAAUAUGGUGAAACUUUAACCUAGCCUAUUAGAGGGCAAGGUGAAGCUAUUACUAUAUUGCCUACAUUGGUCAAAUCCUCUCAGAUUUGAGUUAAUUAUAUAUUUUACUUUACCCCCUUUUUCUCCCCAAUUUCUUGAUAUCUAAUUGGUAGUUACGAUCUUUUCUCAUCGCUGCAACUCCCCUACGAACUCGGGAGAGGCGAAGGUCGAGAGCCAUGCGUCCUCUGAAACACGACCCUGCCAAGCCGCACUGCUUCUUGACACACUGCUCGCUUAACCCGGAAGCCAGCCGCACCAAUGUGUCGGAGGAAACACCAUCCAACUGACGACCGAAGUCAGCUUGCAGGCGCCCGGCCUGCCACAAGGAGUUGCUACACCCGCAAUAACAUCUGCUAAAUAUGUGUAUGUGACCAAUAAGAAUUGAUUUAGAGCAUGAGACAAGGGAAAUCCCGGCCGGCCAAACCCUCCCCUAACUCGGAUGAUGCUGGGCCAAUUGUGUGCCGCCUCAUGGGUAUCCCGGUCAUGGCCGGCUGUGACACAGCCUGGGAUCGAACCCGAGGCUGUAGUGGCGCCUUAGACCGCUGCGCCACUCGGGAGGCCUCAAAUCCUCUCAGAUUUACACAGAUUUUAAGUACAUAGGACAUAUGGCCUAGGGGUCGAUUUGGGAUUGGACCCUAUUGUCUUUUAUUUUCAGAGACAUGAUAGUACUGAUGUGACUGAAGUGUCGUAUGGACUUGUACCGGUAUGUACUACAGGUGUCAGCUCUGGCCAUUGCCAGUGGAAAUGCUCUGUUACUGAAGGGGGGUAAAGAAGCGGCCAACACUAACCGUAUCCUGCAUCAGCUGACCCAGGAGGCUCUCUCUAUCCACGGGGUGAAGGAUGCUAUUCAGCUGGUAAGAUCAGAAUCAAUGGGAUAUCUGAGGCAUGAGUUGAGUUUUAGGUUACACAUUACACUUGUAUUAGACACACUUAUGUUACAGAUAGGAGAGAGCCUUUGAGUGGGGAGAACGACAGUACACUUGUGCUGGGGUAAAUUCCAUUUUAAUUCAGUCAUUUUAGGACGUAACUGAAAUUCACAUUUUCCUCAAUGCUUCUCUAUGAGAAGACAAUUGACUGAAUUGAAAUGGAAUUGACCCCAGCCCUAAUGUAGGUACAUAUGAUUUUAGAGUUUAGCAUCGUAAUAAAGUACGUUAUUAACGUGUGUGAUGUAGGUGAGUACCCGUGAGGAGGUGGAGGACCUGUGUAGACUAGAUAAGAUGAUAGACCUGAUCAUCCCUCGAGGCUCGUCCCAGCUGGUCAGAGACAUCCAGAGAGCUGCCAAGGGCAUCCCUGUGCUAGGACACAGCGAGGGCAUCUGCCAUGUCUACAUCGACUCUGAGGCCUGCAUCGAAAAGGCUAUUGACAUCAGUGAGUGUUUUAUUACCCCAUUGUUUACAAACAACGUACAAUGUGUCGUUUUAAACUUAUGGUGAAGCUAUCUUGUGUAUGUCAUGAACUGUCAGUCCUUGCAUCUAGGGCAGGUGUCAAACUCGUUCCACGGAGGGCCGAGUGUCUGGGUUUUCACUCCUCCCUUGUACUUAGAUUGAUGAACUAAGGUCACUAAUUAGUAAGGAACUCCCUUCACCUGGUUGUCUAGGUCUUAAUUGAAAGGAAAAACCAGUAGACACUAGCCCUCCAUGGAAUGAGUUUGACACCCCUGAUCUAGGGCUUCCAUUUAGCUGAAAAACAAAUCUCAGAUUGUAGCUUUAGUUGACAUUAAUGUACUCAUUCAUACACCCAGUCCUCUAAGUGAACGGUAGUCUGAUAAAUGUUCUGUCUCUGCAGUCAAAGACUCUAAAUGUGACUACCCUGCGGCCUGCAAUGCCAUGGAGACCCUACUCCUCCACAGAGAUCUACUGAGGACUCCCCUGUUUGACCAGAUUAUAGACAUGCUUAGAAUCGAACAGGUGAGACAAACACACACUAUCUAUCCAUGUAGACAAUACACAUACUCAGACUGAGGCUUGUUCAGUAUCUUAUACAGAUCACAGACAUUACACAAUCCAGACCACACACUAUUUAGAGACAUUAAUUUAUAAAGGGAGAGACUGGGUCAACACUCUGUUUUGACCUUUUGGUGUUACCAGAGAACCCCACAGCAGAAUAGCUAAAAUUAUUCAAUUAAGAUCUUAUUCAUGUGGUACCUUGCCACCAUAUCUGACCAAUUGUAAGGGGGAAAGGCUUACUGUGUCUUGUUUAUUUGAAUCGGUAAAGCAUCUCACUGGCCAGUUUUUAAUGGGAUAUUGCACUUCAAAACAUUUGACUUAAAGUAUUCUAAUGUUGAGAUACUGUAUGUGCACAUUCCUCUUUGAUUUGUAAUGUAAUGUCCCUUAAACUACACAGUAGAGCUAUGUGUACAUGGUCAAAUACAGUCAUCGUUGAAAAUGUAACGUCUUGUGUCCUCCCACAGGUGAAGAUCCAUGCAGGCCCCAGGUUUGCCUCCUACCUGACUUUCAGCCCGUCAGAGGUGAAGUCUCUGAGGACAGAGUACGGGGACCUGGAGUGCUGCAUUGAGGUGGUGGACAGUAUGCAGGACGCCGUGGACCACAUCCACAAAUACGGCAGCUCCCACACAGAUGUUAUUGUUACAGAUAACGGUGAGCAAAUCCUGCAACGUGCAUGCACGCACACACACACACACAGUUUUCAAUGAGAGCUAGAGCACUGCAUGUCAACAUUCCAAUGUUGUCCUAGUGUAUAGGCCUACCAUGCAUUUAUUUACAACAAAAUACAUUUGUUUACACUAUAGGGUUCCAAAAAAGUCACGUCUAUGUCAAAUUAUUUUAAAUAUAGUAACUAGAUUCCUAGAAUAAUAGAUUUAUAUUGUAAUGUUUUUCUGCACAGAGGAGACAGCUGAACAGUUCAUGCAACAGGUGGACAGUGCCUGUGUUUUCUGGAACGCUAGCUCUCGCUUUGCUGACGGAUACAGAUUUGGUCUUGGUGAGUACAAAUAAUUUUACCAUACAAAAUAUAACAGUAAACCUAGUUAUAAAUGCAUAUGAAAAAUGUAUAAAUGUUGUAUACUUAUGAAUUGUAAUGCUUAGUUUGUUAUAAUGCUUAUAAAUGCGUAUACAUGUUGAGUACAGUAUUUCAUUUUCUGUGUUAAUAGUAUGUUCAGUGCACUAUAGUUUAUUAAUGCAUAUUCAUGAUAAACAGUUAUUAUAACGUGUGUCUAGUACAGCACAUACUGAUCUGUAUUGUGGUGUUGCAGGUGCGGAGGUUGGCAUCAGCACAGCUCGGAUCCACGCCAGGGGCCCCGUGGGUCUGGAGGGGCUGCUGACCACCAAGUGGGUCCUCCGGGGUGAGGGACACACAGUGGCAGACUUCUCAGAGGCGGGCAGUAUGAAGUACCUUCAUGAGAACAUCCCUGUUCCUCAGAGAUUCCCCAGC